GGAUCAAUAGUAUAGAUGAUUAUCGACAAGCUUUAUACUUCCUUCUCAAACUUUUAAUUCUUCGAAAAGCAAAUAGGAAGUCUAUUUUCGUUUUUCUUUUUUUACGAAAGAGGAUGUUUAAUAGCGUUGUUAUGGUAUAUAUACCCACUUAAUUUAAAGCUUUCUAUGACAGAAACGAUGCCACCACGAUACUAGCGAUGUUUCGGUCUGACACCAUCAUACAACCCUUGUCAGUCAAAGAAGACAGUUCUGUUUUAGUGACUCUUGACAUAGGAGAUACGUAUUCAGGAUUUGCCUACACAUAUACGAAAGAAUAUCUAGAAGACGAAUGGACAAUUCAUAUGAACGACCCCUGGGUCAGGGAAAAGCAUAUGACCCACAAAACAUGCACCACCUUACUGCUAGAACCCCACGGGGAAAUGAAAGGGGCUAAAUAUGGAUACGAGGCGGAGACAGACUUUGCUGGAAAGUUUCUGGACGGUUGCCACGCAGAGUAUUUACUGUUCAGAAAUGUAAAACAGGAAUUUUACAAGGAUGGUGUAAAUUUUGACGCCAUGAUAACUGAUGUCAACAGUGGUCAGGAAAAGCCCUUGUGCGACAUUCUACUGGCGCUGCUUACAUUCUUUAGAGAGAAAGCAUUAGAGAGGGUACGGAAACGAUUCGAUGCCAUCACAGAGAACGAUAUUUUCUGGGUAUUAAGUGUACCGUCGGCAUGGAAACAAGAAACAAGCCUUCUAUAUAGGGACUUGGCUAUUGAGUCAGGAAUUCCUUUUAGACGACUGAGGUUGGUAACGGAGCCCGAGGCCUGUCUUGCUUAUGUAAUGCAAUUCAUCCGCAUUAAAGUUUCGCCUGAUGGGAGAGCGAAAAUCUCUAACAAAAUCUCCCAUUUUGAUGCACGGGUAAUGCUGCUUGACUUGAGCGGUGACGCCGCGACGUUAUCUGUUCACCGCGUCAGUGGCGACAAAACGUUCAAAAUGGUGUUCCAAACUCGCAGUCAUAAGAAAGGUAGCAGCCAAGUGAACGACCAGUUCUUGUUGUUUCUCUCCAACCUGAUCGGUGAAGAUAUAAUAAGAACUCUUAAGAAGGACUACAUUGAUGACUAUAUGGCCAUGUGUGACGAAUUUGAAAUGAGAAAGCGGGAAAUUAAACCAGGCACUUCCGGUACGGAACUUUUUUCUUUCAAGUUACCAUAUCAGAUUGAGGAAACUUUCAAAGAACAGUAUAAAACUGAAUAUGUUACAAUAACUCAAAGAAUAAAGGAGAAAUCAGUUUACAGGGAUCGCGUCCGGUACGACGGAAGUCGUCUGCACGUUGAAAUCAGCGUUCUGAAAGACCUUUUUAACAUAGUCCUGGAUAAAAUAGAAGUCUACAUCCGGAACGUUCUGCAGAUGGCUCCCUGUGCUCGAAUUGCAAGUUUUAUGCUGGUAGGUGGCUUCUCGGAGUCAAAACUAGUGCAAGCCGGGAUCAAGAAGCGAUUUCCGGAAAUGGAAGUUAUUAUACCGGAAACGCCGGAACUUGCAGUGAUGAAGGGUUCGGUUAUGCUUGCAAUGAACCACGAAAUACGACCUCCGACUCCCGUGUCAGGUUCAUACCAGAAAGAAAAGGAACAAACUAUAAUAUCGUCAGUGUGUACAGUCCUAUAACUCUCAAAAGAAAACAGGAAAUUGACCAUAUAAUUAUGCUUACUUUAUGUCAUAAAAUGAAUUGUUGAAGGGACUAGAAUUCAGAUUAUUGUAACUUUUUCACAUGGAAAGUCUGUUGAGUAUAUGUAAACCGGAAAUCAAUGCUCUUUAUUUUAUAUUUUAUGAGUAUGAUUAAAAAGUUCGGCUGAA